GUGGCAGCAGAGAAGACGGAAAAAUGUCGCUGCUUCUUUCUGUACCGUUCUAGGAUCAGUGACCGUCUAGGAAGCUCCGCGGCGGUUCGGUGAGUGGGACAGCCGGCACUAGUUGCAUCCGAGGCUGGGGCUGGAGAAUCCGAUAGAAACUUCCGGUGUGAUGCUGCCAUGAGGGAUUCUAAGCGUCAUUUAUCUGGACAAAGAAAGUGAAAUGUUGUGAGUGUGUGGGAGGUUUUACCUGACAAUAGAGGGAGUCGGCUUCAACCAAAAGCAUUUCAGAACAGUACGUGGGCCUCUGAGGUAACCUGAUCUGAUCAUUAGCUCCUCCUGUAGAUAGAAAGGAAACAUUUCAGCAGACAUGGACCCGUCUACCAGGGUAGUGGGUCUGGAUGCCCAGGGCAACAUGGUUUUCACUGUGGUGAAGCCGGUCAUGGGCAUCUUCCAGGUAGCUUCAGAUCAAGCCAGCGGUGUAGCACAGGGAGGACUGGGCCUGCAGGGUUUAUCUGAAAACACAUUAGUCCUCCCUCAGACCCAGGCUCAGGCUGCACUGGACCAGAACCAGAUGGAAAUGCACAGCAUGCAGCCUCACAUUCAUCCUCAGAUACAGGUUUCUGCUCCGGUUCAGACUGAAGAUGUGUCUCAGAAUCAGGAGCUACAACCAAACUCCAGCAUAAACUCAGAGUCCAGCAGCCAGAUGCCGUUUGCAGAGGUGUCGUCUCUCCUGGAUCCCAACAUGAAAGGAUCUAAGGCUCGUAAAUAUCUCAUCUCGUAUGAUGAAAUUAAAAGGCGUCUGCAGGCUCCAGAGAAGAUGUCUCUGCGGUCUUUAGCAGCGUACACCCGGGUCAGCAGAGGCCCGGCCAGCAAGAAAACCCUUCUGGAGUCUCUGAACGUCCUCGGCCUGACGCCAAGCACAACUACCUCCGUUUCCUCCUCGUUCUCCAAACUCACUGAAGGCGACACCAGAGCUCUGUGUGACGAUAUGAAGGAUUUCGCUCAUGAUUACAUCGACUACAGCAACAUGGCAAAGCAGCUCAUCCCAGAGACAAACACAGUCCAACACUGGUCCAAAAUUAUUGAGACGAAGAACCACCUAGAAGAUAUGAGGAAAUGUUUCAAGGACCCGAUCAACAGCGGCAGCUUCGACAACGUCACUCACGGCCUCGGUCUGGGAAUGCUGGACGUUGCUCUGGACAUGAUCGUCAUGGUGAUUGAACAGCAGAUCCGCAUCCUGUCUGGCGCCGCAGCAUCAGAUCCAGUCGACUCAGGUCUGCCGAUGCGCCGCAUUCGAAGGCGCCAUCGUAAAUCCCGCUCGAUUGACGAGAAGUCUUCCAAGCUGCCUGGAGAGCUGAAAGAUCAGGCAAAGGUCAUCUCAAAAGGCAAGAGUCGAGCCAGAGCCAAGAAGAAGAUGAGACAGGAAAGCCCUGGUCCUGUGGAGACUCAGCCAGAGCCGUGCAAACCGGACGACGUGGAGGGGAACGUCCUGACCCUGGUCUCUGUGGGCUACGAGGCCGUGUCCAGCGGUCUCAGUACAACCGGACCUGUUUGACACGCAGUCACAGGACUUUCUGUUUAAACGGACACUCAGCGAUAACUCUGCUUCAUCCUGCUAUCCACAUCCUGGAGUUAAUCUUAAAGGAAAAGUCUGACUGGAUUUCUCCCAGAGAGUUAAAUAUGUAGCUGGAGCAGCUGGUUAGCUUAGCAUAAAGACUGGCAACACUGGGAAGGACCGGGCUCUGUCCCAGUCUAACAAUCCGAUGUGUUAUUUAUUGAAGCGAUAUUCAAAAACCAAAGUGUAAAAAAUGUAGUGGUUUAACUUAGGAAUGACCGAUAGUCAGUGUAGUCAGCAUUCUUCCAGUAUUGUUAUUUUGUGGACUGAUUCCUGGUAAAAUAGAUGAAUUUUAAAAUAUAUUUCUUCUGUUCUGCCCCACCUACAGCUCAUCUGAUUGGUCACGACUAAUAAAUGUAAAACAUAAAUAAACCAGGCAUUUCAACAGA